ACUAAACUGAAAACAGAAGACCUCAUGUCUCCGCUGGUGAACCUUCCGUGGGAAUUAGAGGAAGACAUACUCUCUCGUCUCCCACCUCAGUCUCUCGUUCGGUUCAGAACCGUAUCUAGAAAAUGCAACUCUCUUUUCAACGACAAGACUUUCAUCAACAAUCACUUGUCUCGCUCCCGUCCCCAGUUCAUCCUCUUGACCACUUCCAAGAUUUAUUCAAUAGACAUCAUCGAUCACGACAGCAUCGAUCCAACGAUAGAGGUCCGUGAGAUACCCUCCUUCUCAUAUAUUCCAAACAGAGAAACAAAUUACAAUCAUAGAACCAUCGUGACUACUUGCGAUGAGUUCUUGCUUUGUAACUAUCGGUUUGUAGAGAGCAAGACAGCUCUCUGGAACCCAUGGUUGAGACAGGUUAAAUGGAUCGAGUAUUGGGACGAAGAGUUCUGUGUUUUUGGGUUAGGAUACGAUAAUACUAGACCCGAAAAGGUAUACAAGAUCUUAGGCUAUUUGUUUUGUCACCGUAAAUUCUUUAGUGAUCAGAGAGUUGGGAUCUACGAGUGUGCUUCCAACUUGUUGAGGUUUAUUAAUAGACCUGAGGAUUACGACUUCCCCUUAUCUGAAGUGGCUAAAAUAUCAAAUGUGUCUUUAAAUGGAAACAUCUACUGGAUUACUUGGGGUAGGUCUAAGAUUAAUGAGUACUACUACAUCCGAAUGUUUGAUUUCUCGACGGAGAAAUUCAAACCAUUAUGUCUCCUUCCGUGUCAAAAGAACCCUCAUAUUAAUGAAAUUAUCCUCGCGGUUUAUAAGGGAGAUCGGUUUUCGUUGUUAGAGCAAUGCGGUGUAACAAGGGAGAUUGGGAUAUGGGUAACUAAGGAGAGGAUUAGUAACACCAAUGGGGAUGGUGGCCGAGAGGGCGUGGUUUGGAUAAAGUUGAUGACCUUGUCAAUAGCUAACUUGCCAAAGCUAUAUAGUGAGCAUGUUUAUCGAGCUAGUUACUUCAUUUAUGAGAAGACCUUAGUCAUGUGUCGUGGCGAAGAUGAAACUGGAGUGGCUUGCAUCUUUAUCGUGAGGGAAGAUCAAUGCAAGAAGAUUCAAAUAGAUCCUCGGAUUGGUAAGUGUUGUCACUGUGUUUAUACUCCAAAUUUGGUCUCGCUUCCUUUAUUUGGAGGUUAGAUUGUUGAGGUUAGAAUAUUUCUUAUAUGCUCCUUGGGGAUCAUCUGAUGUGAUACUCGGAGUUGCUUCCUCUUUUAGUAAUUUCUUAACCAUUUUCGGUUACUCCCUCUGGAUAUUUAUGUAAUAUCGAGGUUUAGGUGAACCCUUCUUAAUUGAAUAAAUAAUUAAA